UUACUGUUCACUUGUGGAUUGACAAGGCAAAAAAACAUUUUCAGCACAAGCGUUGACAAAACAGAGAUUACUUACUACUGCUUGAAAUGGAAGAAGAAAGACAGCGACCAUUGAACGGCGGCAGCUCGAUCCUCGUACUCCACGAUGCCCUAAUCGUGACCAUGGAUUCACAGUGCCGCGUUUUCAGAAACGGCGCCGUUGCAAUUCAGGGUGACACAAUUAUAGCCGUCGGCCAAUCGCAGGAUAUCAUUUCCCACUUCUCCUCUCUCUCUCCUCAACUCUUCAACCUCCAUGGCAAUUUUUUACUGCCAGGUUUGAUAAACACGCACGUUCACACCUCACAGCAGCUCGCUAGAGGGAUAGCUGAUGACGUGGACUUGCUGACGUGGCUCCACGGCCGCAUCUGGCCUUACGAAUCCAACAUGACCGAAGAGGACUCUUAUCUCUCCACUUUGCUAUGCGGGAUUGAGCUCAUUCACUCGGGUGUCACGUGUUUUGCUGAGGCCGGAGGGCAACAUGUGUCGGGAAUGGCAAGGGCGGUCGAACUUCUUGGAAUACGUGCCUGUUUGACUCAAUCGGUCAUGGAUUCCGGUGAGGGUCUGCCGGAAUCUUGGGCCGAACGGACCGCUCACGAGUGUAUUCAGUCUCAGAAGGAUCUGCACAAGAAACACCAUAACACUGCCGAUGGACGCAUCAGAAUAUGGUUUGGUUUAAGGCAAAUUAUGAACUCAACGGAUCGCUUACUUGUCGAAACAAGAGACGCUGCUAAAGAACUCAAUACGGGAAUUCAUAUGCAUGUUGCGGAGAUACCUUACGAGAACGAACUCGUGGUGGAGAGACAAGGAGUUGAUCAUGGGACUGUUACGUAUCUCGAUAAAAUCGAGCUGCUGCAGAGCAAUUUACUGGCUGCUCAUUCGGUUUGGGUCAAUGAAGACGAGAUUGGUUUACUUUCAAGAUCAGGGGUGAAAGUAUCUCAUUGUCCAGCUGCUGCAAUGCAUAUGCUCGGAUUUGCACCGAUAAGAGAAAUGAUUGAUGCGGGUGUUUGUGUCUCUUUAGGGACAGAUGGCGCACCGUCAAAUAAUAGGAUGAGCAUUGUCGAUGAAAUGUACCUAGCUUCUCUGAUCAACAAAGGUCGAGAAGUCUUUAGUAAAGGAACCACAGAUCCAACUGCUCUGCCUGCCGAAACUAUUCUCGAAAUGGCCACAAUAAACGGUGCUAAAUCCGUGUUAUGGGACAAAGAAAUAGGUUCACUCGACGUCGGAAAGAAGGCUGACAUGAUUGUGGUCAAUCCUUGUUCUUGGACUAUGAUGCCCAUUCAUGAUUGCAUCUCAAGCCUCGUUUAUUGCAUGAGAAGUGAAAAUAUAACCUCUCUUAUGUGCAACGGCCGUUGGGUCAUGGUAGAUAAGAAGAUCUUGAUCUUGAACGAGGAAGAGGUUAUAGCAAAGGCUCAGAAGGUUUCCGGUGAUCUUUUGAAGCGAGCCGGCAUUCAGAUUCCUACUAGGAUGAACUUUUUGUAAAUUUUCCGUUAGAAUAUAUUUUUUUUUCCCGUAUGUAUGUAUUAGUGUUCGGAUUUGUUAUCGGUAUAAUUGCUUACAAUUCAGAGUAUGUUAUUAUGUUUGUUUCUUUUAUUUUUGGUAAUGAAGGAAUCUGCAGCCAAC